AAAUAUCAAAAUAUCAAAUUCUCCGUAGGAAAAGCCUACACCGAUCUUUCUCCGCCCGCUACACCACAUGCCCGCACCUCCGGUGAUGGCCUAAUCAGAUCCCUUUCUCGCAGCAGAGCCGACGGCAGCAGGCGGAGGCAGGGUAGCUUGCCUACUCGCCGGCGCCGGGACCUGCUCUCCCCAACUCCCCAUCCCGGCCACUGGGUCUCAAGGUUCGGGCUCAUGGCGGCGGUGCCGCGGCACUUGGGACCCGAUCGUCGAGUGGAACAAGUGGAAGAUGCCACCAAUGCGGCGGCGGCGGAAGAACUUGGGGGAGACGACGAGGAGAUCCUGCGGUUCAUGGACUCGGCGGAUGGCUACCUCCUCCUCAUGGAUUCGCUUUCCGCCGCUCUUCGCCAGGGUUGGCUUGAUCUGGCAAGUGCUCGUCACUCGAUGGGCGCAUCACGUGUUUCGAGUGUGCUGUUCGAUCAUAAGGAGCAAUCUGCAGCCACUAGGCUGCAAGUGGAUUAUUCUGCAGAUUUGCGACCAUCAGAAUCAAAGCCUCAUUUUGCUCUGUCAAAGUGGUGCUUGCAAGAAGAAUCAAACUCCAGUGAUGUUGUCAGUGCACAAGAUAGUACUAAACCAAAACUAAGGUACCGAGGAUCAGAAGCUACCUCAGAUGGUAGCAAUGAAUCAGAUGCAACUACUGCAAAAUCUUCUACGGGCGUUGACAUUUGCAGCCAGGUUCAAACUGCAAGAUCAAAAGCAUUAUCAAUGUUCGGCGCAUUGGUGUCUCCAAAACUACGAACAACCCAAGUUUCCUUUGAAUCAGCACUUGAACAAAUUGUGGAGCUAGCGAAUUCAAGAUCAACCAUGCUCUCUAGCUUCUCACAGAUAAAGCGCAGAUCAUGAAUCGAUUGCCUGAUUUGAGGUUCUGUACCCUUGCACACCAUCUAUUCUCUUUGUGGAGUAUCAGUUAUAUGCAAUCGACAGCGCUCGUAGAAAAUAUCAUAAUCCUAUUUGAAAUGUUGAUGCACGUGGAGAUGUAUGAGAGUCGUGUUUUGCGUUUCAUUAUCUUGCUGUUGAGGCAAGCACUAUGUCUGCAUAUUGACGGUUUCCUUUGGGGAAAUCAACGGGGAAACUUGUUCUUCUGAAUAAAAUCAGACCCUGAGCAAGAA